GAGUCAGGUAUUCCUGAUAGUGGUUUUCAUUACAUUAUGCAACAUUGUUUCUAUUUUGCCAUGGAAAUAUUCGCAAUACCAUCACCAUCACAAGCUAAAAGAACAAUAAUGUUGGUCAGCAGACUGUACUGGAAAACAUAAAUGAUGCAUUGCCAGUAGAAUAAUCUUUUUCAUGGAGUGGAUUUCUUACACCCUUGAAUUGUUGAUCCGACUACGGUCAAAGCGUCGCGCUACUUGGCAACGAAUCUCCCUCUUGGGGUCGAUUUGGCGAAGCCUACCGCUUUCGGGGGUAAGUCAUCUCAGAAAGGGGUGCAUGGAUUACACCAAGGACACACAUACACCAGUACCACUGAAACCUCCCAGCACGGUACGAAUACACAUCUUCCCCAUAUACACACACAAAGCUUACAAAAGCUCAUUCACCGGCACCCACACACAACUACGUCAUCCCUUUGACGAGAUCGUAAACAUUGAGUGCUCACUCAAGCUUCCAUGCAUAUCAAAAGGCGCGACAGUAGAACUAGCGCGGGAAGGAGAAUGCUUGUAAAUUCGUGCGUAAAUUAUACCGGCAAUUCUGGAGCAAGCACAUGUCUCACUUGAUCUCACUGUUUACGUCAUAGUGACAUUGUUUUUGAUAAGUUUUCAGUAUUAUUACCAAGGAACGGUUUUCUGUCUCCAUAAGGUGACUUUCUCUCUUCGUCUUCGGGAUAUAUCAAGAUUGUGUGUUCCUUAUUACUAUUUAGGAAGACGAAGGGUUUGUGAAGGUAACUGUACAAGCCGGCGACGAGUACCUUCUACUAUGCCGCCGUCUAAAGAAAAGAUGUCAGCAGCCGUGUUGAAUACCUCACAGGAGCCGUGUCUUCACGAAAUAAACGGAUAUUACACCAAAGGUAAACAGAUGGGCGACGUCGAACCAGUCCGACUUCGACGCGAAGUCGGAAUCUUAAACUGUGUAACUGUGAUCGUCGGCUGUAUCGUGGGCUCGGGUAUAUUCCUCUCACCCCGAUCCGUCUUGGAAUACUCGGGAUCGGUGGGUAUGUCCCUUGUUGUCUGGACAGUCUCAGGUCUGUUUUCAUUAAUAGGAGCCCUCUGUUUCGCUGAACUUGGUACAACCAUUACUAAAUCUGGUGGGGAAUAUGCCUAUAUCCUCAAGGCCUUUGGAGAGUUACCUGCCUUUAUAUUACUAUGGAUGACACUCCUUAUCAUCAACCCAACUGGGCAGAGCAUCACAGCGCUCACUUUCGCAAAUUAUGUCGUUCAGCCCUUCUACAUCGAGUCCGACUGUGGACCCCCAGAUAUUUUCGUUCGUCUUCUUGCUGUAAUGUGUAUAACUCUACUUACAUUUGUGAAUUCCUGGAGCGUUCCUUGGGCUACCAGAGUACAGGAUGUCUUCACCGUGGCUAAAAUCUUGGCACUUAUUGUCAUCAUUGGCACGGGUCUUGUUUGGAUCUGUAUGGGAAACACCGAGAAUUUCCAGCAACCUUUCGAAGGAAGUAAGAAUGGCGAGAGCAUUGCCCUGGCAUUCUACAGUGGUCUAUUCGCUUAUGCUGCUUGGAAUUACUUGAACUAUUUGACGGAGGAAAUCAAAGAACCAACAAAAAAUCUUCCACGUGGAAUAAUGAUUUCUUUACCGAUGGUCACCGUGAUUUAUGUAUUGGCAAACGUCGCCUACUUCGCUGUUUUAUCUCCAGAGGAAUUGCGAGCAUCAAACGCUGUUGCAGUGACGUUUGGUCAGAAGGUGUUUGGUCGAAUGGCUUGGAUAAUGCCAGUCUCUGUUGCCAUGUCAACGUUUGGUGGUGUCAAUGGUGGUUUCCUAUCGUUGUCUCGGUUGUUUUUCGUUGGUGCUCGUGAAGGUCAACUUCCUGAAUGGUUAGCGAUGAUUCAAGUUAGCCGGAAAACUCCAAUGCCUUCACUUGUAUUCACGUGUCUUAUGUCUAUCCUGUAUGUAUUUGUGCCUUCCAUCGAUUCGCUAAUCAACUACUUUAGUUUUAUGACCUGGUUAUCAAUUGGAGCUGCUGUAGCAGGUCUCAUCUAUCUCCGGAUUACACAACCUAAUCUAGAAAGGCCUAUAAAGUUUAAUAUCCUGCUCCCAAUCACGUUUGUGUUAGCGUGUAUCUUCUUGGUUGUCAUGGGAACAGUGGCAGCACCUAUGGACACCCUGAUUGGUAUUGCAAUCACCCUGACGGGUUUCCCAGUUUAUUUCCUGUGCAUUUGGUACAAGAAGAAACCAGCCUUCAUCAUGAAGAUUAAUCAGAAUAUCACUCAUCUUGUGCAGAAGAUGUUUGUAGUUGUCAGUGAGGAGAAAGAAGCAUGAGGUUUUGUUCCCCCGUAGUAACUUCAUCAUCAAAUCUUAGUUUACCAAAGAGUCUGUAGUGCCCUGGCAUUGGUUUCAUCCAACUCAUUUCAUCAUAAAGGAAAGGAAUUGGAAUGAUGACAUCAUAGAACUACAUGUAGUUCGAGGUUAAGUUAAACUCAUUCGAUGCCAUUUUUCCGUUCACAUCGAGAUGUGUUCACCAUUGUCUUUGCAAGGGCAAUCCGGGAAAGAUCAAGGAAACUCUGUAACCACCAAAAGGCUUGUUCAUCCUGUGCUGUUCCCGGUGGGAGGUGUCCACUGAUUCCGUCAUAAGGGCACCUUGCCUUGCGAGGGAAAUCAAGAUAGUCAAAAGGUCCUAACCAACGCAAAGUCUCAAAUCAUCCUGUGCCAAUCAUCAAUUCCGAUCAGGACAUGUUCACUAAUUUCUUCACAAGGACAACUAGUGAGGGCAAUCCUGGAAAGAGUCGACAGGCCCUAAUCAAUGUGAAGUGUCAAUUAUCCUGUGCCAUGUUCACCAAUUUUUUCGCAAAGUCAAAUUGUGGUUUUCCAAUUGCACCAUGAUCAGGGAACUUUGGCUUUCUUGUAAUGGUUUUCUCAUACCUAAUGAAGCCAGAUCCAAUUCAUGUUACCACAAAAGUUGUGCAAUUUUACAUUGAUUUGAUUUAUUGAUCAUUUCCAGUUAAAUUGUACCAAAUAAACAUUGUAUUAAGAACCCAUGAUUGCCUAUAAUUGGGUGAACAGUCAGGAUAGAGUUUCUUUGACAUUCAAACCUAGGAUUUGGAUCGUCAAACUCCUUGCUUUCACAACAACAAGCUCAAAAUGUAUAAAAUGUCAUGUGUGGUCAUGCUGCAGUUUAUAUUUUUAUUAGAAAGCUGAAUGACACACGUAAAUAUUCUGGGAUAAUAUUUACAUGUGUAGGAUCAUUGUUUAUGAUGAACUGAAUUGUCAAUAAUUAGCACACUCACACCAAAAAAAUAACAAAAGGCGGUGCCGCACCAGCCCAAGUUUGCUCAACCUUGAGAUUUUAGCCCGAUAAGCCCUCUUCGUGAUUAAUCUUGAGAUUCCAGAAACCAGCGCAAGAAGAGCAAUUCGUGCUCGAGCAAGGCAUCGAUGCAUUAUGGUGUGACGCCGUGAAUAAAUAAUCCAGAGUGCAUCUGCAAAUUAGCAUGGAAAUUCAUAAAAAGUGUGCUAUUUUGCAAAUAAUCCUAAAUUGACUUGGGGUUGCAAUUUUGAGAUUAAUCCAGCGAACUAUCCUGAUAAUUGCGUCUCCAUUACAAAUAAUCUCGAAAUUGUUCACAUCGUGAUAAUUUGCUGGAUCAGAAAUAGCGCGCUAAUUUGAAAACUCAGGCUGGUGCAGACGGCCCUAAUGUUGCCUCUUCUAGACAGCACCUAUCCCCACCCCCUCCUUCCCCCAACAAAUUAUAAAAAUUAUUUAAAAAACAACUUAAAAAAAAAAGAAGAAAACAGAGGAGUAAGAAAGUGGCAUAGUGGCAAUAUUUCAGUGGGAAAACGAAUACAACGAUAACCUGCAAAAUCUGUCAACUUUCGGAAGAAAUAAAUGGAAAACAAUUGGCUAUUUUUAUAUUUCACAGCAACAGAAAUAUCAACUUUGCUGUGAAUGAUAUUAGACAUAUCAUACAUCCAUUUUUUUUCAGGGAUGAAAAAUAAAAGGAAAAAAAAUGCUUCUAGAAUUAUUAUGCUAGCUACUUGCUGUGUUGUCUGUUGAGCAAUGCCUAACUAUGUAUAUAUGUAUUAUGUAGUUUACAUUGAUAAAAUAUUUCUUGCUUAUACAAAAAAAUGUAUCUUUAUUCACAUCAUACACAGAGAGACUUGAAGACUUGUUUUGAAAUGGUGAUAUUUCAUUUUUAUUUCAAGUUAUUCACUAGUCUUCCAAAAACUUUGCAAGAAAAAAAAAUGACUGAGAUAAUUUGUACUUUAAAUUUUGAUUUCAAGCUAAAAAUUUGAUAUAAAUGUUACAUUGUAAAUAUCAGAUGAUAGUACCAUCUGUGUGUAAUAUGCGAUUCUAUCAUUCCAAUUUAUUUAUUCUGCUGAUGUAAAUAAAUUAUUAGUUUAAAGAUUUUCUGCUGCCUAAUAGAGAUGAGAAAAUAUUCCUUGGUCAUUUUUCUGGUCUAGCUAAUAAAAUGAUUGCUCUUUAAUGUUGGAGAAGGAGCUAUUUAUAGGGAGACUGGGAUAGAUUUUUU